GAUGACGACGACGACGACGACGAACAUGUCGUGCAAUUCUUUCCCCAGUUCAGCCGAUUCCCAAUUGAGGUGCGACAGCGCGUCUGGGAACAAUUCUGUCCCGAUCUUGGGGCAGCAGGCCGCGUUUAUCAAUUCAUCGUCCUCCCAGCCCAUCCCGACGACCGCCUGCCGGCAGACGUCUGGCAGGAUGCACAGUUAGAGGACCAAACUGCGGCCGCGCGUGCCGUACUGGCCACACACCAUGAGAGUCGCUCGUUCGCUCUAAAACGCUUCCCUGACACGCUGUCUUUUCGUAGCGGCCAUGGCCUCCUUCGCUUCAACAAGGAGAGGGAUAUCGUCAGCAUCACCCUGUCGGGGCUCCGCCGCGUCACCGCCAUGCUCCCCGUGUCUCCGAUUCCAGUCAUGGCUGGCUUUACGGAUCAAAUACGACGCCUCUGCAUGCCGCCGGAUAUUGUAUAUCUUGCUGACGAGGAUGCGGGAAUUGUAUUUGCUCCUUUCACGCAGCUCAAAGCCACCUACGUUAUGACCGAGCCGUCUACAGUCCCGGCUCAAUUCCUGACGUGGUGUGCCUCCGACAUUGCAAAACGCUACUGUCUCGAGACAGACCAAGAACAUGGCAGACCAGAGCUCUACUGCUGGCCCGAUUUCGAGCGCCACCCAGAGGCUGUUGAGAAGACAGUCGUAAAAAUGAGGGUCGGCCUAGACUUUACUGAAAUGCUGGCCGGGCGUGAGUCCGAGCCCCAGGACAGCGAGGAUCAGCCUAGCUGUGAAUACUGGCCUCUCGUUGUGUUCCCUGUCGAUGAAAGCGUGGAGUGUCUUCUGGAUCGAGUCCGAGAAGGCGUCGAGUCGGGGUGGGAGCCAAAUGACGAAGAAUCCUCGAGCGACUCGGACGAGUAUGAAAGUGACUUUGUCGACGACAGUGAGAUUGAAGAAAUUGAAUCAGAGCCAGAUGACGACGGCCUUGUGGUCGAGGACGAGAGCGGCGAAGACGAAGGGGACGUCGACGGCACCUCGCCAUUUGGAGGGUUCUCGCCUGUGCAAGGCUCAGUCGGGUGCCAGCCAAGCAACACCGAGUAUCCCAUGGCUCAAUUUUCCAGCCCCGAACCUGAUUCUUCCACGCUUCGUGGCUCAAACUCUGACGAAUCCGACUCGGAGGGGGCGCCUCUCGCUGCCUCUGGCUCAACACUGAAGCGUGAAAGGGAGUCCAGUUCAGAGAACGACUCCGAAGACGAGGCUCCUAGGAAGCGAGCGCGGAUUGACAAUCGUCGGAAUUUCACGGUGGUCUCCGACGACGAAGAUGAGGAGGUCCGCAAGGUCCCAGCCAGCCGUCGCGCCCGUGUCGUGGAUUCGGAUGACGACGAGGACGAUGGGGGGGUUCGAGAGACUCCAGCGAAUCAUCGAGCCCGCGUCAUUGUUUCCGACGAUGAGGACGAGGAGGAUGCAAGCGCAAAUGACAUGAGUGAUGGUUCUGGAGACUCGUCGAUGAGUGGAGAUAUCGACGGGUCAGAUCCAGAGGCAGGUGGCACCCGGCCAUUGACAUUUGCACAACGCCUUGAGAUCCACCGCCAGGAAAACCCGAUUCCAUUGUCUGGCUCGGAUAACUCGGAUCACUCGGACAUGGAGGAGAUGAGCCAGAACAACUCCGACGCUCCCAACUACGGAGCCUUUCAGGACGAUGAGGAGGCGAACGAAUGCUCGAACAGCGGCGGUGAUGAUGAGCCGGACGGCCUGAUGAUGGAUAAUGGGGACGACGGCAGCUCUAAUGGUUACGACUGAAGAGCACACUGACUUGACUUUAGACUUUGGACU